UGCAUUGUUGUAUUGUAUCUCGGCAACUGUUGCUAUGUUCACUCUAGUUAGCAGCCAACCAACGGUGUAUUAUUGAAUCAUUUACCUACAUGUUAAACCAGCAUUAUCAAAGAUGACUAAGAAAAACCUCAAUUUUGUGCACAGUGAUGAAAUAUGGAAGGACCAUGUAAGGCAUGAGCUACUGUCAUCACGACAUUGGCCUGAGAGCUGGGGAUAUAUGACUACUGAAUACAAUAAGUUAAACGAAGCACUCUGUGGUGGCACAACAUCUGGAAGUCAGUUUGUGAAACUGCCUCCAAUAGAGGGAGCACUUCCAAAGGCUAGCUUUCCUAAGACAACUGCUGGGGAAAUAGGUUGGAAGUCGACCAGAGAUGACUAUCGCCUAGAAAAGUAUGGAAGAUAUGCUCCAAAUGCGCGUGGCAUUUGUGGAAUUCUCAAGUUGCUAAAAUGGCCAUAUGAAGGGAUAUAAUGUAAAUCCUGUGAUGUAUUACAAUUGCUGGUAUAAAAAGGGUUGUUUACCAUGGCCAAUACUACCACACCCGAUUCAUGUGCCCAGCUAUUUUGAGUGUCAGAAUGAGGUAUAAUAAAAUAUAUAUUUCCGUGUUUGUGUUUAACACAUUUAAACACUGGUUUUUGAUCUGCAACCAAACUGUACGCCACGUAAAUGUAACACUAAGAUACGAUGGUAAAAUAACCAGUGAUU